AUGGCCUGGGCAGGAGCCAGCAAGGAGCUGGUGUGGCUGAAGUGGACAUCUCCCAUUGCCUUGCAGGCAGAAGCAGCCUGGUCCCUGGCUGUCCAGGAAGAGGGAGUGCAGCCCAAGAGGAUGAGUGGCAGACAGACGGUCCCCAGGAGACACGGCUCCAAGAGCAAAUACAGGAGGCAAGCUCAGCCCCACAGAGGCCGGGCCGGAGGACAGCGGGGUGGGAGGGCAGGACGUACCACCGCCGGUCAGCCCACAUCCAGGGAGGGGGCUCUGCUUCGACUUGCACGCCUUUCUGGAAUCCGAGCUGGCGCCUCCCUCCACGAACGCUGGGGCGAUGGGGCUUUUCUCUCCGGCAGCAGGUGCCUGGCAGCUGCCCGCGGAUGCCAGCCCCGUGAACUGGCCUGGGAGGAAGUGCCUGUCGGAGUGGUGAUUGCGAGGAUCUCAUGUAGGUGGCGUCCUUCCAGAAGAACAGAGUGGAAGGUGGGGCGGUGGGUGAGAAUAGGAGCCAGGGACCUAAGAGGACAGAAGGGCAGGAAGGACUCAAAUGGAGGAGAGGAUCCAGAUGCGCCUGACACCUCCCAGGCCACUUCAGGCAGCUACAGAGACCCACACAAGGGGCCCCACGCCCAGAAUCCAAGUUUUGGCUUCAAGAACAGUGAGGAGCUCCUGCACUGGCCCAUUCCAAGCGGUAGUGACCUGGAGCAUGUCAGAGGGGAGGCCUGGCCCUUUACUGCUUAUGGGCAAAUCCCAACCCUGGAAAACCACUUUGCUGAAGGUGCUAUUGUCCAGAGGUGGGGCAACCCUAAGGAAGAAGGAUGGAGGUGGGAACCUUCCCAGCAGAUGUGGAGACCAGAAGGGCCUCUGCAUUUGAAUGUCUAUAGAAAAGACUGCUAACUCCAAACGACACCCACAUCAGGAUGAAAAGAAGACAACAGCAGUGGAAGACAGCUGACAUAAAAAUCUGGACCAGGCCCGUAAGAACCAUCCAACUAAUUCAGACUGCACUGUUUAUCAAAUGUUUGUCUUCCUACUUCCUAUCAAAAUGGAAAGUUAUUGUUUUACUUCUAACCAUAUUUUUCACCCCAGUGUUCAGCAUGAAAAAAAAAAUUCUCUAGUGAAGUUGUAACAGAGUAUAAAUAUUCAUGACAUGUAUCCCUGCUUGUUUUAAGUGUAUUGCUAAACGUGUACAAUGCUUGUGUGACAAUUAAGUGAAAGUGAUAAACUGUAUACCCUGCAAAGCAUUUUCCUAUUCACAUACCUGUGAGCCUGUUCAUGGUAUCUGAUGAGUUUUCCCCCAACAUGGAGAACUAAGCAAAAAAAAAAAAAAAAAAAGGCAUAGGACCAAGGGACAUAAAUGGACCCAGAGCAGGCAACUGGGCGACCACUCUGGCAACGCUGGAAAAACAUAUUGAUUAUCAAUCAAUGGGUCUAUUUUGGGUCUAUUAAACAUGCAUUGUACAUCUGCUUUAGCCAUUAAAAAAAUCAAAAUGAAAUAACUGUGGUUCAGACGUCCAAAAUGGAACUAGGUGGCCAGUAUGGAUGUGGGUUCAGACAUGUUCCUACACUACUGCAAACUUGAAUUCUCUAAACUUUAUCAGACUUAAGAAUAUCAUCAGCCAUUUUCAAAACAAUAUCUAAUGGCAGCUGCCAACUGCAACCUUAUCCUCUCAAGGUCUUGUAACUAUGAAACCUUUUUCCUACUUUAAAAAUAGUAAUAGCAAAUGAGACAGCUCAAGCUAUAGCCUCCCAGCAAAAGCCUACUUGGUUACUAAAUAUCUGUAAAAAGGAAGCACUCCAAAACUUAUUUUCCUGGUUGCCAUCUGAAAUAGGAUUAUUUUGAAGAAUACUACAAAGGUGUAUUUUAACCAUUAUCUGCAUUGUAAUAUGUCUAAUAAUUUUCAAAUGUUUGUCUAGGUGCUAUGACAAAGCAAUCAAACAGAGAGGUAAUAUUUUCUUAAUAUAAAAUAUUGAUGCUAAGCUUCAAAUUCGAGAUUAUUUCCAACUCUGUGUCCAUUCCCCAAAUUAGUCAGGACUAUGCCCCACAUCAGCAGGAAGUAACCAGAGUGGUUGUCACCCCAUUCCCACAGAGAAGGGGAAAAUUGAAACAGAGAUGGACUGACACUGAGUUCUUCUGCCAAGUUUAUGAUUAACCUCUCAAUCUAAAACAUCCCCUUUCAUGUUCUGCAGCUAUUCCUUCUCAACUGAGGAAUAUCAAAGAAAAAGGGGGAUUGAAACCAUGUACAAGCACCUGUGUCCUUCUCUUUGAAGAAGAACGCUGACUCAAGAGUCAGUGAUUGGGAAAUGUGAAGAUGUAGAAACAAACAGUAGCAGAUGGGCUGGGGAACUGGUAAGAAUUUAUAAUUCUGUCAAGUAGCAGAAUCACCCAAGUUAGAGUUUUCUGAAAGAUAUAAAGGCCUGACACGCAUUCCUGAGUUCUUUGUACAGGAAGCAGUCCCCUCCAGAUGAAAACUACUGACAGCAAGAACAUAGACCCCAGACUGGAUGAAAACCAAAGGUUAAUGAAGUUUGAAAUUUCACCUCGAUGCCAGCCAAUCUGAGAAUUUGCCAUGAGGUGAUCAUGCUCUGCUUCUUAAACACUAUAAAACUACUCAUACCCCCUCCAGGGUGGGCCACAGACUCUUGAGGGCAUUAGACUGCUGUGGCCUCCUUUGCCUGACAAAGCAAUAAAAGCCACACUUUUCUACUUCACACAACACUCUGUCUCCGCCUUCCUAUUCGGUACGGGUGACGAGAGGCGAAGUUUCAGCAACAAUAUGAUCAUUUCAAGGUCCAUCUGUGUUGCUGCAAGUGGCAUUAUUUCAUUCUUUUUAUGGCUGAAUAAUACUCCAUGGUCUAUACAUACCAAAACUUAUUUAUCCAUUCAUCUAUGAACAUAGGGUUCCUUCCGUGUCUUUGCUAUUGUAAAUACUGCUGCAAUGGAUGUUGGGGUGCAUGGGUCUUUUUGAAUACGGGUUUUCUCUGGAUAUAGCACAAGGAGUGGGAUUGCCAGAUCAUCUGGUAGCUUUUUGUAGAUUUUUAAGGAACCUCCAUACUGUUCUCUAUAGUGGCUGUUACCAGUUGCCAUUCCCACCAGUAGCUUAGGAGGGUUCCCUUUUCUCCACGCCAUCUCCAGCUAUUAUAGUUUGUAGACUUUUGGAUAAUGGCCAUUGUGACUGGUGCAAGGUGAGACCUCAUUGCAGUUUUGAUUUGUGUUCCUCUAAUAAUUAGUCAUGUUGAGCAUCUUGGCAUGUGCUUUUUUUUUUUUAAAACAGUAUGAGUGAAAGUUACCUCUUGAAAUUGGCUUUGUGACAUUCUGCCCUGAUUUGAAUGUUUUUUGGAUUGCCUACCACAGGACAUUUCUUGAGGGCAGGUGUCAUUUACAGCCCCCCAGGCCUUGUGAAUAUGAACAUGUGCCCAUGAGCACCAGAUUUAAAGUUGUUGUUUCAGGAACCAGCCACAAGGCGGCAGCAUUUUCUCAUACCCAGCUCUGGUUACUCCUGCAACAACCACCUUAGAGAAAGUUGUGUUCCCCAGUUGUAACUUUGAGUGGUAUGUGCUAGAACCAACACCCAAGGGAGUGUCCCUGGUGUCCAGUGGUUAAGACUCUUCGCUUCCAAUGCAGGGGGUGUGGGUUGGAUCCCUGGUCAGGGAACUAGGAUCCCACAAGCCCCAGGGUCAAAAAAAAAGAAA